AUGGUGACACCUGAAGGGGUCAGACUGGCGCAUUCUAAGUACACAUAUGAGUACAAAGUGGUGGACCCCUACACGGGAGACAGCAAGUUCCAGCACGAGAUCCGCGAUGGAGACACCGUGAGUGGCGUCUACUACCUCCACGACGCCACGAAUAGUGAAGGGGUCGGAUUGGCGCAUUCUAAGUACACAUACGAGUUCAAAGUGGUGGACCCUCACACGGGAGACAGCAAGUUCCAGCACGAGACCCGUGAUGGUGACACCGUGAGUGGCGUCUACCACCUCCACGACGCUGACGGCAAAACACGGAUCGUUGAGUACACCGCCGACCCUCACAAUGGAUUCAACGCCGUGGUCAAACGCGAAGAAGAUCACCACUAG